AUGGCUUCUGCGAAUACACCAUCAGAAACACCAUCUUCGCAAGAACAAGGAUCAACUCCUGAUGCAUCAAUCGGAACCCAAAAAAACAAUAAUAGAGCAAAAACCGAUCAUGCAUGGGGUCAUUGUAAACAAGUUGUGGAGUCUGGAAAAACAAUUCUGCUAUGCAUAUAUUGUGAGAAGCUUAUUAGGGGUGGAGGAAUUCAUCGGUUUAAGCUUCAUUUGGCUGGAAAAGGAGGAGAUGUUGAGUCUUGUCAAAAGGUGCCAGCUACAGUGAGACACCAAUUCCAUGAAAGUAUUGAAGAGCUUCGAAGCAAGAAAAGAAAAACUCAAGAACAAUAUGCCGAAAGUUAUAAUGCUUGUGAUGAUGUUGAAAGAGAAUUUGACGAGAUCGAACGUAAUGAGAUGCAACAACAACAAAAAUCCAGGGUUCCAACACCUAACUCUAGAAAAGGAAAACAAGUCAAAGGUUUACAAUCCUAUUUUCCACCGGCAACAACACCCGCAGCUCAACCAACUAUCAAAAGCGUUCUUCAAAGCAAAGAAAUUGUGGAGAAGUGUGAUAUUGCUAUUGCGAAAUGGAUGGUGGAUGCCUCUGUUCCAUUUAAUGUGGUUAAUUCAGCUUACUAUCAGCCAAUGAUUGAUGCUAUUGCAAGCAUGGGUGCAGGGUAUAAAGGGCCAAGUUAUCCAAGAGUCCGUGGGUAUUUGUUGAGUAAAUUAGUUGAGGAUGUGAGGAAAAUGAUUGAUGGUUAUCGUGAGAUUUGGAAGCAAACUGGAUGCACUAUUAUGGCCGAUGGAUGGACUGAUCGUUGUAGGCGUACUUUGAUUAAUUUUUUAGUUUAUUCUCCUAAAGGAACUAUUUUUCUAAAGUCGGUUGAUGCUUCUAAUAUCUCAAAAACUGCUGAAAAUUUGUUUAAGUUGUUUAGGGAUGUUGUAUUUUUUGUUGGUCCUGAGAAUGUUGUGCAUAUUGUAACGGACAAUGCUGCAAACUAUGUUGCUGCGGGAAGGUUGUUGGAGGCUGAGUUUCCUAAAUUGUAUUGGUCCCCUUGUGCAGCUCAUUGUGUUAAUUUGAUGUUUCAAGAUAUUGGGAAGUUGCAAGAAGUGAGUCAAACUGUGUCACAAGCUUCACUGAUCACUAAGUAUAUCUAUAAUCAUUGCUAUCCACUGUUCUUGAUGAGAAAGUUUACAGGUGGGCGGGAAAUACUUCGUCCAGCUCCAACUCGGUUUGCUACUAAUUUCAUUGCUUUGCAAAGUAUUUUAGCUCAAAAGGAUCCUUUGAGAGCUAUGGUGACUUCUAAAGAAUUUACAAGCUCGGCUUACUCCAAAGAAGCCAAAGCUAAGAAAUUCGUGGAUUAA